GUAAAUAAAGCGUACUAUAUUUCCCGUGCUAAUUUGAAAGCUGCCAAAGAACAGUGGAAUACAACUAAGAAUGACUACGAGAUGACGCUGAAUGCGGACUCCCAGGUUAUCCCGUGCGAAGAUGAAGACACGAGUUCACUGCCGCAGAUGCAUUUCAAUUUCGUUCCCAUUGGAAAGUUGGAUACAUGUGAACCCAACACAUUCGUUGAUAUUGUGGGUGUUGUUCAUGAGACCGGAGAUGUUCAGACGAUCAUGGCGAAAGCGUCACAACGUGAGUUGCGCAAACGGGAGCUUGGACUCGUGGAUAACUCUAAUUGUGUGGUUCGUCUCACGUUGUGGGGCGAAGAGGCAGCCAACUUCGAUGGAUCUCAGCACCCAGCCAUAGUCAUCAAGGGAGCCAAAGUGUCCGAUUUUAAUGGCCGAUCACUGUCAGUGAGCACCACUUCUAGUGUCCUUUUGGCUCCGACAAACGUCCCUGAGGCCAUCCGACUGAAGGGUUGGUAUGAGCACGAAGGACGAUAUGCCAACUUCGAGACGUACAAGAGCGAAAUGAUGGGUGCUGGUGGUUCGUCUGCGGAUGGUGCGAACGCCGCUGGCGGGUGUCUAGGUGGCUGGCAUCUGACUCAGGAUCUGAAGGCUUCGGGUGUGGGCACUAAUGUGAAAGCUGACUUUUUCUCCUGCAAGGGUACUUUGGUUUUUCUUAAAAAAGAAAAUUUCAUGUAUCAGGCUUGCCCGACUGAGGGAUGCAACAAGAAGGUGGUGGAUUUGGGAAACGGUCUCUUCCGAUGCGAGAAAUGUGCUCGUGAGACUCCCAAUUGUAAAUGGCGAUUGCUUCUGAUGGCUAAGAUCGCAGACAUGACAGGCGAUAUGUGGGUAACUUGCUUCCAAGAUUCGGCAGAGACGUUGCUCGGCGAGACGGCGGAUAAUUUAGGGGCACUCAAGGAGUCGCAGGAUGAAACCCAAUUGGAGCGCGUGUUCCUGAAUUCGGUGUUCAAUUCUUGGCUGUUUCGUCUGCGAGCUAAAGUCGAUCGGUACAACGAUGAAGAACGGUUGCGCGUUGUGGUUGCAGAUGUGAAACCAUUAGACCACGUGGACUAUGCACGUCGGCUUGCGAAAGCUAUCAAUGAUCUGGCUCCAAGCCUACCGGAGGAGGUGACUGAGUAUGCGGCGUAA